GAGACGGGUGUCUAGUACGUUGGUGCACUAUUUAAUGGGGUCUGGGGUCUGCCUCUGUUGACGGCGACGAUCUGUCCCGCAACUGGUCUUUCUCGAGUUGGCCCUGCAUAGAAACCUCCACAAUGGCUUCCCAAGAAGCCACCGAGAAGACUGCCCCCGUCGACCUCGUCCGCUCGCCCAGCGACUACGACGACGAUGAGCCCACGGAGCAGGAGCUUGAGACCCUCCGCCGCGUCCCCGGCAAGCUCCCGCUCGCAGCCUACACCCUCUGCGCCGUCGAGUUCUGCGAGCGAGCCUCGUAUGUAGGUAUCUCGGGCAUCAUCUCCAACUUUGUCAACCGCCCCUUGCCCGUUGGCGGAAAUGGAUACGGCGCUCCUCCAAAAGGGACGCAGCAGACGGCCGGUGCUCUUGGUAUGGGCACAGUCAAGGCGAAUGCCGUCAACCAGUCCUUUAGUAUGCUGGCGUAUACGCUGCCCAUGGUCACUGCGUACUUUUCUGAUGCACACACGGGUCGCUUCAAGAUGAUUUGCUGGGGUGUGCUUGUGUUUGGUAUUGCGCACGUACUGAUGGUGGGUUCGGCUGCGCCCUCGUUGCUUGCCAAUGGCAACGCAAAGGCCCCGUACUUUAUUUCACUGUAUAUGCUAUCGGUGGGUGCUGCCAUGUUCAAGCCCAACGUGUCCCCGCUCCUCCUCGACCAAAUGACCGAGACCAAGGCCAAAACCAAGGUCCUCCCCAGCGGCGAAAAGGUCAUUGUCGACCCUGAAGCCACUGCCGAGCGCGCUAUGCUCUGGUUCUAUCUUCUUAUCAACAUCGGCGGCUUCAUGUCCGUCGCCACCGCGUACUCGGAAAAGUACGUCGGGUGGUGGCUGGCCUUUCUCCUGCCGCUGCUGUUGUACUUUCCCCUUCCUGCUCUGCUGUACUGGCUCCGCAAGCGCCUCGUCUUCCAUCCUCCUGGCGGCUCCGACCUCCCCAACGUCAUCCGUAUCCUCAAGAUCUGCCUCAGCAACGGCGGGAUCUUCCGCAUCGGCCGGCACGGUUUCUGGGACGCCGCGAAGCCCUCUGUAAUCGCAGCCAAGGGCCAGAGCCAGACCGUCAGUACUCGCUGGAACGACCAGUUCGUCGAGGACGUGCGCCGCACGUUCCAGGCCACGGGAAUCUUCUGCUUCUUUCCCAUCCAGUUUAUCAACGACAAUGGAUUGGGCAAUGCGGCGAGUUUCCUGUCGACCAUGCUCACCACCAACGGCGUGCCCAACGACGUUAUCAACAACUUUAACCCCUUUAGCAUCAUCAUCUUUUCGGUGCUUCUCAACCACCUCUUCUACCCGAUGCUUAGGCGGUAUCAGAUCCAUUACGGCCCUGUUGCGCGCAUGACAACGGGCCUGUUCCUUUCGUCCGUUGCCGGUGUUGGAUAUACGGUGUUGAACUACUAUGCGUAUAAGCUCGGUCCCUGCGGCAAGUACGGAUCAUCAGAGACCUGUGUUGACGAGAACGGCGUUUCUCUCGUUGCUCCCAUCACCGUCUGGUGGAUCGGUCUCCCCUACGCCAUCGGCGGAAUCUCCGAACUCUUCAUCAACGUCCCGGCCUACCACAUCGCCUACUCGCGCGCACCCCCCAACAUGCGCGGCCUCGUCUCCGCAAUCAACCUCCUCAAUACCGCCGUCGCCUACGCCAUCGGCCUGGCGUGUUCCGCGGUGAUCAAGGACCCCUACCUCACCUGGGACUUUGGCGGGCCCAGCAUCGCGGGCUUUGUCCUUACGAUCAUCUUCUACUGGUUGUUCCGGCAUAUUGACAAGGAGGAGUAUGUGCUUAGCGAGAAUGUGGUGCAGACUGAUGCGAAGGAGGUGGAGGGCUUGCCUGUGCUGGGGGAGGAGGUGGAUUUUGAGAAGAAGGUUGUUGGCGCGGGGGUUAGGCCGUUGGAUGAGGGGAGUGAGGAGUUGGGGCUUGAGCGCAAGGUAUGAGGGGCUCGGAAGGUGGUGGGUGGCUGUAGUUUGAUGCCAGGCGUAUCUUUUGGUUGGUUGGCGGUAGUACUAGAAAGUGCAUGAAAGGAGGAAGCAAAAGCCCCGAAGACCAUAAUAGACCG